AUGUUCGCCUCUCGCUCCGGCGGAGCUGCACAACAGGUGCGCAACCUGUCCAUUCACGAGUAUCAGUCUAUGGAAUUGCUGGGCAAAUAUGGCAUCGCAACACCCAAGAGCGUCGCUGCCAAGACUGCGGACGAAGCUGCCAGUGUUUUUGAGAAGCAUUUCCCAAAAGGCGCUGUGAUCAAGGCUCAGGUGUUGGCAGGAGGCAGAGGAAAAGGUCAUUUUGAGGGAGGCCUGAAGGGAGGUGUGCACGUCGUCAAGAGUGCCGAGGAAGCCAAGAAAAUUGCUUCUCAGAUGCUUGGACACAAGCUCAUCACCAAGCAGACUGGCGCUGGCGGUCGUAUCUGCAACGCAGUCAUGCUGGCUGAAUUGCGCACACCAGCGCACGAGUACUACAUUGCAGUUCUAAACGAUCGUUCAACCCAGCUUCCUGUGCUCAUCGCAUCCAACCAAGGAGGCAUGUCGAUCGAGGAUGUUGCCAAGGAGAAUCCCGACGCGAUCAUCACCACGCCCAUCGAUUUCACCAAGGGUCUGACGCAAGACAAGGCUCUCGAAAUUGCCAAGAAGCUCGGUUUCUCCAAGCCUGAGCUGGAGCAGCAAGCAGCAGAGACGUUUGUGAAGCUAUACACGCUGUUCAAGGAGAAGGACGCUACGCAAGUAGAGAUCAACCCUUUGGCGGAGAGCCAGGAUGGUGCGGUGCUGUGCAUGGAUGCAAAGCUGGGCUUCGAUGACAAUGCCGAUUUCCGCCAGCAAGAUAUUUUCAAGCUUCGCGACACGACUCAAGAGGACCCCGAUGAGGUGGAAGCUGCAAAGAGCGGGUUGAACUUUAUCAAGCUGGAUGGAAACAUUGGCUGCUUGGUCAACGGUGCCGGACUGGCCAUGGCUACGAUGGAUACUCUGAAGCUGAACGGUGGUAACCCUGCCAAUUUCUUGGACGUCGGAGGAGGCGCAACUGCCGAGGCGGUCAAAAAGGCAUUCGAAUUGCUGCUCUCUGCCAACCCCAAGGCUCUAUUUGUCAACAUCUUUGGAGGCAUCAUGCGCUGCGACGUCAUUGCGGAUGGAAUUAUCCAGGCUACAAAGGAGUUGGAACUCAAGGUGCCUCUGGUUGUGAGGCUGCAGGGAACAAAGGAAGCUGAAGCUAAAGCUAUGAUCAAGGAGUCCAAGAUGAAGAUUUUUGCAUUUGAUGAUCUGGAUGAAGCGGCAUCCAAGGCUGUCGAGGCGGCUGCCAAGGGCACUCUGUGA